CAGCCUGGGACUGUCUAAAAAAAAAAAAAAAAAAAAGAGACUCUGUCUUAAAAAAAAUUAAUUUCUACAUAAAGAGUUGCAUGUUUAAUAUUUCGCCUUUGCUUGAAGUGGUCAUUUCCAAAGAAAGCUCAGAGUUGAAGUAUACCUGUUAACAAAUACUCAGAAUUCAUUGUGGAAUUUUUGUUUUUGUUCUUGUUUUUUAUCUUGCCUAAAUAAUUGUUCUCUUCCCCAUUCCCUUUAUAAUUUUGUCAAUGACACAUUUAUUAUGUUUAUUUAAACUUGAAAAAAGCCCCAAGAAUUGUAGGGUAAUACCUAGAUGUGUUGUGCAUUCUGAAAAGCUGUUAUAUUUUCAAUAUCAGGGACAAUGCAGGAUGCUGAAAUCAUUGUAUUUAAACUGGGAAAAUGUCUGCCUUAUAUAAUUAUGAUUUUAAAAUCUACCCUGAACUUCUCAAAAGAAGGAUUUGUUUAUAAUACAUCAUACAGUAAUAAUUUUAUCAUUUCCAACAGAUAAAUGGCAGUGUAAUCGAUGAUAUCUUGCACAUUCCUUUGUAAUUUGUGGGCACUUCACAUGGAGAGUCAAGCGGGAGGGCUCAUCUGGAUAAUUUUGAAUCCCAGUAUUUUCCCCCACCCCACAGAGUAGGUUCUUUCCCCAUAGAGUAUGAGGCUAUUGUUUUAUAGUAAGCCUUAAAACUCUCAGACUGAAAGUAAUUAGAACUGGAAAUUAGUAACCACUUUUUUCUAAACUUUUCCCUUUUAUUUUUAUUUUCAAUGUAAAGUAGGACUUUGCUAUAAAAGAAGUGACCCUAGGGAAACUGAUGAAGUUAGCGGUAUAGAGAGCACCACCACCAGACGCCACCAUGCCUGCCGAAGGAGGGAAAACGGACAUGGAAAGGAUUGGCCUCUUUAGUGAGAUGGAAUAUAUUACUGUGGGUGAUAAAUAUGUGUCACAAUUUAAUCGACCCUUUAAUGAGGCUGCAAGCAAAAAUAAACAGAUGCUACCUGGAGGAUCCAAAGAAAUGUCAGAUCUUCAGGCAGGUUAUUUUGAUCCCCAUUUUGUAAGGAUUUUUGAAGGUGAAGGCUACAUAAAUCUGAAUCAAGUGAGGAGACGGGAUAUGAUGGAAGCAGCCAAAAAAAAUCUAGGCAAAGCCUUCCUUCCUAGUAGUGGAGAGAAAAAGCUAUGUGGCUUAGGAAGCUACUAUGGAACAAUAGGUGGUCCAGUCCCAUUUUUCAGCCCACAGUCAAAACCUCGAGAAAAAUAUAAGGCACCUGGAAAGAAUUUAUACACAAACCCGGGAAAGAAAGGAACUGGAUAUGGCUAUGCAAAUAUUACCAUAGGUAAACAGUUUUCACACUCUGCUGACUUCUAUGAUGCAGCAAAACUAAAUUAUAAGAAAGCAAAUGAAGAACACCAUCGUUUACUUAAAGGAGCACCGUUUAAGUUAAAUCUUCACCCAAGGGACUAUUUUGACGCUAAUCCUUAUUUUUCUGAGGAAACUUUACCACCAAUUAAAAAAGAAGAGAAGAAAGAAUCAAUUUCAAAUGCUUUUAAACCUUCUUCUCCUGGUAAAAAGCCUGGUGGAAUGAAGGCAGGAACAUUUGAUCCUUACCCAUCACAUUCUGCUGACCCUUAUGUGGCUAAAUUGGCAAAUAUUUCUGGCAAAGACGAUAAGAUUUUCCACCCACCAAGUGGACCAAAAAGCAGACCAGUUGAAAGUAUAAUGACUUUGAAUGUCAGAAGGUGGGAAUAUCUUACACUUAGCUUACAAACCAAGAAAAAAUUGUUUCCAACUUUUAUACUUCUUCAAAAUAGUAUCUUUUAUUUAUAUAUACUUUUUAAAAUGACAAAUGUGGGUGACUUUAGACAUCUCAGCACCUUCCAUGUACAGGUACCUGCCCUCCCUUGUAGAAGUUCUCCCCCAUCUUCUGAAAUUCCCAGCUGAAAAAGCUUAAGUUAUCUGCACCAAACCAUUCUGUGCAUAAUUUUUAAAGCAAAUCUAUAGCGCCUCAUUAUGAGUUAUUUGAGACUAGUUAGAUAUUCAUAGUUCAGUUAGCAGUACACAUUAACAUUGGCUAUUUCUCGAAGGGAGUUUCUUAGCAAUUGUAAGAAAUCCUAAUGAUGCUUGAGAGUUCUGUCUCUUUAACUUUGAGAUAACCUAUGAAAAUAGAAAAUAUUCUGGUUAAUUAAAAAUGCCAACAUAACUAUAAUGCUUUGAGAAAAAGUAUAUUAUCAAAGUAUCUUAAAACUUCAAUUUUAUCCAGGUUUUGUAUACUCUCAAAACUGAAAAAGUUCUUUGGAGUAAAAACAAUCAGUUAUUCUGUGUCUAAAGGACACUAAAUUUACAUUCUUUUAUAAAAACAGUAGUACAUCUUUAUCACUUGGGGACAGCAAUUAUAAUACUAACAUUAGUAUUAUUUCACAAAAAUAAAACUGCCCUUUAUUACAAAGGUCUAUUUCUUUUCUCU